CUCAGUAUCUCCAUUGAUCCAGACCCCCACGGUUCGGAUCCCUAUUACUCUGACGACGGUGGGUCGUCCGGUGUUCAUGUUCCCACAUCUUCCGAGUUAGGAAGUUAUGACUACCAGGAUUAUGAUGAAGACUGGGCGGAUUUGUCUUUCCCGGAUGAAUUGAACUCAUCUGAUUCAGUCUCCCGACCAAGAACUUCGCACCGCAGUCGUCCGCCCCACGGUUCACGAUCCGCUUCGGGCCGCCGCCCAACGUCGCGACGUAUGGUUCCAGAACAUCAGUCAUUCGUCCCUCGAGGCCGAAGACAAUCACCAGAUUCUCCCGACAGUGAUUCCGCCGACGACUUGCCACCCAAUGCUGGUCGAAAUGAUCGGAGAGCGUGGCAGCAACCUAUUCCGCCUGCUGCAUACCCUCCUAGCCAGUCCCCCGGUCCACCUUAUCCCUACCCCCUCCCCCAGGUCAUGGACCCACCUGCUCCCGAACCUGCUCCGGCUCCGGCUCCGGCUCCGGCCCCAGCCCCUGAACCUGCUCCGCCACCACCCCCUCCACCGCCCCCUCCACCAGUAGACACCGCCAAGGAUGAGCAAAUCGCAAGGCUAGAGAAGUUGAUCAUGGACGACCGUAACGAGCGCGAAGCGAAGGAGCUUGCCAAAAAGCAGGCCAUUGAACGCGCGGCGGCCGAGAAAGCAGCUCAGGAUGCACAGACUGCGCAUGAUAGGAAGAUCACCCUGGAAGCUGCGGCGCUUGCUCGAGCGGAUGCAGAAAAGAAGGCAGCAGAGGAUGCCGCAAAGGCCAAGGAGGAAGCGGAGAAGGCCACCGCGGCGGCCGCUAGUGAGGCGGCGGCAGCAGCAACCGCCGCCGCCAAUGAAGCAGCUGCCAAAGCGGCCGCUGAGGCUGCUGAAGCGGCUGCUAAAGCUGCCGAACCGCCGCCACCGCCGCCACCCCCGGAGAAGAAGCAACCUAUCAAAUUUAAGGACGCUGUUGGAAGAAAAUUCAGUUUCCCAUUCGAAUUAUGUGCGACCUGGAAGGGAAUGGAAGAGCUCAUCCGGCAGGCUUUUCUCCAUAUUGAAGUCAUCGGUCCUCAUGUGGCUGAGGGGCAUUAUGAUCUUGUUGGGCCAAACGGUGACAUCAUCCUCCCACAGGUGUGGGAAACUGUGGUCGAGCCUGACUGGGCUAUCACUAUGCACAUGUGGCCAAUUCCUGAAAAGCCUAAGGAAGAUCCUCCUCCCCCCGCGCCAGAGCCUGCCCCGGAAAAACCUGCCGACCCACCUGCCGAGCCGAAGAAGAAAGCAGAUGGUAAGAGUGACAAUUUCAAGUACCCCCAGAGACAUGCGCUUACCUUUUAUCUAGGCCCUAAAAAAGGUAAGGGCAGAGGAGCAGAUGUCCCCGGAAGUUUCGCGAUGUGGAUGUUAGGUGGUACCAAUCGCCGGGGAGGCAAGGGGGGUCCUAAAGUGGAAAAGAAGUCUGAUGCCCCAGCACCUGCACCUGCACCAUGA